AUGGCCGCCAGACCAACCAGUCGCUCCUUCAGCCGUGCCGAGCUGAGCGCCGGCUGCGCCCAGGGCGCCUGCCUGGUGCUGACCGGCCGCCGCCUCUACGACCUCAGCGCCUUCGUGCGCCUCCACCCGGGCGGGCAGCAGGUGCUGCUGGAGCGGGCUGGCACCGACGUGAGCGCCGCGCUGGACGGCCCGCCGCACCGGCACUCGGCCAACGCGCGCCGAUGGCUCCAGCAGUACUAUCUGGGCGAGCUGGAGGCCGACGGGGAGGCAGAGCAGCCUUUAUUCAUAGCUACAGAGCCUGAAUUUAAAAGAAUCAACUGGAAAGAAAAAGAACUGGUGGACUGGGGGAAGCCUCUGGUCUGGCAAGUGGGCCACCUACGGGAGAAGUACGAUGAAUGGGUGCACCAGCCAGUGGAUCGACCUAUUCGCCUCUUCCAGUCGAAUCUCCUGGAGUACCUCUCCAGGGCAACAUGGCACGUGGUCUGUAUAUUCUGGCUACCGGUGGUGUUUUUCCUCAGCCAGCACUGCUACACCACCCUUGCCCAGGGCAAAACCCAGCUGUUUGCCUCCUUCACAUCAGCCUAUGCCAUUCCUGUCCACAAGUACUGCUUCCCGCUGCUCUUCAUCCUGGGCAUCUUCACCUGGUCCCUGGUGGAGUAUAUCAUCCAUCGCUUCCUCUUCCACAUGAACCCUCCAGCCAACAACUACUACCUGAUCACCCUGCAUUUCCUGGUCCAUGGCCAGCAUCAUAAGUCGCCGUUCGACCACACCCGCCUGGUCUUCCCACCCGUGCCGGCCUCCCUGCUUUUCUUCCCGUUCUACUUCCUUGCUCAAGUGGUUGUACCUGGAGAAUUGGGGCUCUCCAUCCUAUCCGGAGGAAUUGUUGGUUACAUUAUUUACGACAUGAUGCAUUAUUACUUGCACUACGGCUCGCCCAAAGAAGGCACCUACCUCUACGGUCUGAAGACCUAUCACAUCAAGCACCACUUCGAGCACCAGAAAGCAGGUUUUGGGAUUUCCAGCCGAUUCUGGGAUCGUCCCUUCCACACGCUGAUUCCAGAAGAAAACAAGAAGAGCGAUUAG